AUGUCAGCAUUAUCCAUUAUUUCAAUUAUAAUUGGAUGGAUAUAUUUUGCAUGUUGGAGUCUUUCAUUUUAUCCACAAGUUAUUUUAAAUUUUAGAAAAAAAAAUGUUAUAGGUUUAUCAUUUGAUUUUUUAUUAUUUAAUAUAACUGGAUAUGCAUGUUAUUCAGUAUUUAAUAGUGUACUUUAUUUUGAUAAAUUAGUAAAGAAUGAAUAUUAUGAUAAAUACGGACCACCAAUACCAGUACAACAGAGUGAUAUAGCAUUUGCAAUACAUGGUUUUGUAUUGACUGCAAUAACGAUUAUACAAUGUUUUAUAUAUGAUAGAGGUAAUCAAAAGAAUUCUAAAUUGGGUAUUGGAAUAGCGACACUUAUUUGGGUGUCAUUAAUUGUUAUGACUAUAUUAGGUUUCUCAAAUGUAUUCACAUGGCUAUGGGUAAUAAACUACUACUCAUAUGUUAAACUAUUUAUAACUUUUAUAAAGUAUAUACCUCAAGCUUAUUUAAAUUUUAAAAAUAAAUCAACAAGUGGUUGGAGUGUACAUAAUGUUUUAUUGGAUUUCAGUGGUGGUGUAUUAUCUUUAUUACAAAUGUUUUUAGAUGUUGCUGAUUCUGGAAAUUGGAAUAUAUUCACUGGUGAUCCUGUAAAAUUAGGUUUAUCUUUAUUUAGUAUUGCUUUUGAUAUAUUAUUCAUAAUUCAACAUUAUAUUCUAUAUCGUAAUCCAAAAUCAAAAGGUUAUCAAAAUUUAAAUGAUAAUAAUAUUCCAAAUAAUAAUAAUAAUAAUAAUAAUAAUAUUAAUAAUAAUACCCCUCAUCAAAUUAUUAUAAAUAAUAGUUUAAUUGGUGAAGAGGAUCAAUAG